CGAGCCUCCUGAACUCACUAACUCACUCACUUAUUUGCCUAUCAUGUAUGGUAGACCUGGUAUUUGUUGGUGAUUGCUUGUGUGCUGUGACUUUAGACACUUGAAUUUUUGGAAAAGUCAACUGGGAAGCUGAUGUGUUUUGAAAUUUAACAAAUGUCAAUAGUUUAUUGAUUGGGGUUUUGGGCUUCUAAAUACAGCAGCCCUCAUCUAGCAAACAAAUAUGCCACCACACGUUCCAUAUUGUUGACAAUUAUUAUUUCCUCUCUUGAAGCAAUGUCGGCGGUACCGUGGAGCGCAUGGCUGCUGGUCGGCAUCCUGGUGCCGGGAUGUGUCCCGACGCCGCACCGCGGCCGUCACCAUUCGCCGGAGCCGCACGCCGAGGCCUACCACAUGUCGCGCGACCCCUUCGACCCCCACCGCGAUUCCGAGGAGUUCCGCAGAGACGCUCCCGACGACAAGCGCGAGUUCACGCGCCGCGACUCCGACGACGAUCCCCUCGUCGUGCAGCUCAAAAAGGGCAAGAUCAGAGGCGUUACGGUGACGGCGGCGACCGGCAAGAAGGUCGACGCCUGGAUGGGUAUUCCGUACGCGCAGAAACCUGUCGGAAACCUAAGAUUUCGCCAUCCCAGACCCGUGGAGAAAUGGGAGGGCAUAUUAAAUACCACGACGCAGCCAAACUCCUGCGUUCAAAUCAUUGACACCGUCUUCGGUGAUUUCCCGGGUGCCACCAUGUGGAACCCGAACACACCUCUGAGCGAGGACUGCCUCUACAUAAACGUGGUGGUGCCGAAGCCGAGGCCCGUGAACGCCGCAGUGUUAGUUUGGGUGUUCGGAGGCGGUUUCUACUCGGGCACAAACACUCUAGACGUGUACGAUCACAAUAUUAUAGUAUCUGAGGAGAACAUUAUUUUAGUGUCGAUGCAGUAUCGGCUCGCCUCGUUGGGUUUCCUGUAUUUCGGAACGUCCGACGUGCCGGGCAACGCGGGUAUGUUCGACCAGAUGAUGGCCCUGCAGUGGAUUCGUGACAAUAUUGCAGCCUUUGGCGGCAACCCUAAUAACAUCACGCUUUUCGGUGAAUCGGCUGGUGCUGUAUCUGUAUCGCUUCAUCUGCUUUCUCCACUAUCGAGGAAUUUGUUCUCGCAAGCCAUUAUGGAGUCUGGCAGUGCCACAGCACCUUGGGCGAUCAUAUCCAGGGAAGAAAGUUUGUUGAGAGGGCUUCGUCUGGCUGAAGCUGUGGGCUGUCCCCACGAAAAGAGCGAUCUAAGCGCCGCAAUAGAAUGUCUUAAAAAGAAAGACCCCAUAGAAUUGGUGAAUAACGAAUGGGGCACCUUAGGUAUUUGUGAGUUUCCUUUUGUACCAGUCAUAGAUGGAGCCUUUUUGGAUGAGCAUCCGGUGCGGGCUUUGGCCAAUAAAAACUUCAAGAAAACCAACAUCCUCAUGGGAUCCAACACGGAAGAAGGCUACUAUUUCAUACUUUACUAUUUAACUGAGCUGUUCAGAAAAGAAGAAAACGUCUACGUUAACCGCCAGGAGUUCCUUCAAGCAGUAAAAGAACUCAACCCCUAUGUGAAUGCGGUCGCCAGACAAGCCAUCGUCUUCGAAUACACCGACUGGCUGAACCCUGACGACGCGGUGGCCAACAGAAACGCUCUCGACAAAAUGGUCGGGGACUAUCACUUCACCUGCAACGUGAACGAUUUCGCACACAGAUAUGCAGAAACCGGCAACAAUGUUUACAUGUACUACUACAAACACCGAACGGUAAAUAAUCCGUGGCCGUCGUGGACCGGUGUGAUGCACGCGGAUGAAAUAAAUUAUGUGUUCGGAGAGCCCCUUAACCCCACAAAGAGUUACACCGCACAGGAAGUGGACUUGAGUAAGCGGAUUAUGAGAUAUUGGGCGAACUUCGCUAAAACUGGUAAUCCAAGUUUGUCACCCAAUGGAGUAUGGACGCCUACCUUCUGGCCUCUGCACACUGCCUAUGGAAGAGAGUAUUUGACAUUAGACGUGAAUUCCACAGCCACAGGACGUGGACCAAGGUUAAAGCAGUGCGCCUUCUGGAAGAAAUACCUACCUCAGCUUCAACAACUAUCAGUGGAACUACAAAAUCAACCGUCAAAGAAGGAUUGCACCAACAGCUCAAGAUCUCUCCGCUCCAAUUGGAGCGUGCUGAUUCUAGUGCUAGCUGCACUGGUAGGAAUGAGACGUACACCUUUACAAUAAUCACCGAUUAGAAGAAAAAUUUACCUUAAGGCGCUGUAGACAAGCGCCAAUAUCUAGUAUUUGUCUGGAAGAUCAAUUAUGAAAAAAAUUGUCUUGGAAUGGAUUAGACUUCUGCUUUUUGCUGCGUAGAAACAACAUGUACUGCUUUGAUAUACAGGGUGUGUUGCGGGAUUAGGUGACUUAUUUGAAACGGAAGAGAUGUUGUAAAGUGAAUAUUUUCAAAUGAGCCCCUAUUUUCCCUGUAAUAUCUUUGAAUGUAGGCUAAAAUAUGACAACUAGAUUAAUAGAUGUAAGCUUUCUAUAAUCUUUUAUAUGGGUUUAAUUUUUAAACUUAAGACAUGUACAAAUAACUCAA